UUCCGUCCCUCUCCUCCUUCACUCCAGUAUCUGGUCUUCCACUCAUCCUCUAUCUCUCUCUCUUUCUCUUUGGCCACGUUUCUCUCCACAUCUGGCUCCUUUGGGCCGGAGCCAGCAGAACAGAUUCCUAAACCCCGAGGAUGAGGAGAGAGAGGAGGGAGGGAGGGAGAAAACAGAGGAGUAUGGAGCUAAAGAUAAGGAAAAGGAGGGAGCAGAGAAAACAACAGGAUUACAAUUAAGAAAACGGAUCGUGAGUAAUGAGAGCUUGAAGAAGAGGAGAAAGAGAAAGAGAGAGAGAUGGCACUGUUCCCAUACUCCAGGCUGCCCUCAGGUGUUUACUGUGGGAAUCGGAGGCAGCUGCUGGUGCUGAGUGUGUGUGUUCUCACCGGACUGAUCUACUUUUUAAGGGGAAAGAGAUUGGCUGCAGUUUCGAUCCCAUCCGUGCCCCUGCUGUCAGAUGUCAGCAGAAGAGGACCACCAGUGGAAGGUGAGGAGUUUCCUAUGAAGACACCCUGGGGUGCUCCACUGGUUUGGGGGGACAGCGAGAGCUCGGCCUGGCGCAGGGACGAGUUCGCCCACCACAGCAUCCGCACCGGCCUGGCCAUCCUGGCCGUGGGAAAGUAUAACCACUUCCUGCGCCGUUUACUGUCGACUGCGGAGCUUCACUUCCUGCUCAACUUCUACGUGACCUACUACGUUCUGACUGAUCGUCCGAAAGAACUGGACCCUCUUCCGAAGCUGGGUUCCAACAGGGAGCUGAAGGUCAUCCCUGUGGCUGAGAUGCCGGGCUGGGAUACGCUGGGGCUGCGGCGCAUGGCACUGCUGGCUUCUCUAAUCGGCGAUCGCAUUCAUCUGGAAGUGGACUAUGUGUUCUGCAUCGAUGUUGACCAGGAGUUCACGAAUGCAGUGGGUGCAGAAAUCCUGGGUAAGCUAACUGCCACCCUACAUCCAGUGUUUUACGGCCAGCAGCGAUAUUACUAUCCCUAUGAGAAAGACCUCGAUUCAAUGGCUUACAUAGCUGAAGGCGAAGGGGACUAUUACUACACCUCUGAGUUCUAUGGAGGCCUGUGCUCAGAGAUGUUAGCCCUGACCCGGGCCUGCUCCCUCCUCAUUCUGCAGGACCAGGAGAGAGGUGUUAAAGCUCAGGAGCUGGAGGAGAGCUACCUGAACCGCUACCUGGUCAAUCGCAGGCCCACUUGUGUACUCUCUCUAUAGGCCGGCAGUGCUUAUCCACCGGCAAAACAGGGGGUAAUACAGAUGCUUGUUGAGGAAAAUAGUUAUUGUUAUUAAUCUCAAUUGACAUUUUGACAUUUACUAUAACAUUUGUAAAGGUCGCAGCUGAUGUAUCCUUCCUGAGCUGUUAAAAUCUCUAUGCAGCCCAUUCUUCUUAAUUAUUUGAAUUAUGCAAUGGCAGUCUGAGAUAAAUGAAUAUAGAAAAAUAUAGAAAAUCCACACUAGAUCAAACACAUGAUUUUUGUGGUUAGAGUAAUUGUUAGACAAACAAUAUAUACAGCUCUGGAAAAAAUAAGAGACCACUUCAGUUUCUAAAUCAGGUAUAUGUUUGAGUAAAACUAACAUUGUUCUUUUAUUCUAUAAACUACAGACAACAUUUCUCCCAAAUUGCAAAUAAAAAUAUUAUAAUUUAGAGCAUUUAUUUGGCUGAAAUAACAAAAAAGAUGCAGAGCUUUCAGACUUCAAAUAAUGCAAAGAAAACACAUUUAUAGUUAUAUAUAUAUUAUAAUUUUAUAGUUCAGAAAUCUAUAUUUGGUGGAAUAUAUCUGGUUUUAAUGCAUCUUGUCAUGUUCUCCUCCACCAGUCUUACACACUGCUUUUGGAUAACUGUAUGCCACUCCAGUUCAGCUUGGUUUGAUGACUUGUGAUCAUCAAUCUUCCUCUUGAUUAUGCUCCAGAGGUUUUCAAUAUGGUAAAAUCUAAGAAACUCAUAAUUUAAGUGGUCUCUUAUUUUUUUACAGUGCUGUAUAUACAUAAUUUUUUCAGGUUAUUUUUUGACUGAAAUAUAAUUUUAGUUAGUUGAACAAUUGAGCACUUUUGGGAAAUUCACCCCAUAUUGAAAAAUGCCAUGCUAGAUAUGCUUUAUUAUUUGAUUGAUAAGCACUUGAUGAUAUGUAUGACAGUAUGAAAGUUUUUUUGUGUAAAAAGUUUUAAAGUUUAAUGUUCUCAUUAAAUGUCUAGUAUUUGCUAAGUGCUAAUACAGAGAUGUGUAACAACACUGAAAAUAAACUGUUUAU